AGAUAGUCACGUUCAGUUGGUUGCGAAGUAGCUCGCGUUUAAACAAUCCAAAUAAUAGGAAAGAUAUAUCUUGAACCAAUCACACUUGCCACACUGAUUGGAAAUACAAAAACACACAUAUUUUUUUUCGAGUGAUUACCCAGUGAGACAAAGCCAAAUUAAUAUACCCACACCAAAGACUAGUUCAAAUCAAUCGAAAACAAAAAAAAAACACAAAAGAUGCGGCCUUUUGGCAACGACAUAACAAACAUCCCGAACGGUGGUAAUAAUGGUGGUAAUAAUGGUGGUAAUAAUGGCAACAACGAUCCCAACGACGGCAACGACAACCGGAACACGAACAUAUCCAGUGAGGAUCCCAGCGAGGAGUCCGGACUAUCGGACGAUCCGAGUAUUCCGCCGCAUAUAGCGAGAAUCGGCGGAAUCGUUACCUGCCCCCCGAUCGCUGGACAAGGAGUUAUCCGGGUGGUUCAGCGUUGCGAAGACGCCAAGGAGAACCACAAACUGGAUCUUUCAAGUUGUGAACUGAUGCAAAUACCAGAUGCGGUAUAUCAUCUUAUGCGAAACACAGAGUUGAUCACCUGCAAUCUCAGUGGCAAUGUGCUCAAAAGCGUUUCGCCCAAGUUUUCGCAAAAGUUUAGUACCAUCACAGAUCUUAAUCUGUCACACAACAAACUGUCGAGGCUGCCAGAAGAAUUCGCCAGCUUGUCUGCGCUAACCAAGCUGAAUAUCUCGAACAAUUCAUUUAUCGUUUUGCCACAAGUAGUCUUUAAGCUUCAGAGUCUUGCCAGUCUGGAUGCCCAGAACAAUGCCAUUUUGGAAAUUGAUACCGAUGAGGCAAUUACCAGUGACAAUUUGGCCCUCGUUGAUCUUCGGAAUAAUCCGCUGAGCAGAAACUGCCGACGAAAGCUGCAGAGCUUCAAGACCCCCUUCCACCUUGAGAUCUCCAAGGAUGUCGAAGACGACUGGUUUUUGACAAAAAGCCGAGAAAUUACCAGAUGGGACUCUCAUUUGGGGUUUGGGAAUUUCUCAAAUUACGAUAGCACGAGAAAGAGAGGGACGGCCAAUAGUUACCCAGUGAUGAGCCAUGUUAGCAUUAGACGCCAAAUUACAGCUAACAAAAGUUGGUUCAUGACUUUCCGUAAAAGAACAUCCGAUUUUUUUGGAUUGCCAAGCCUCUUUCAGCUCUUGCUGAAAUUUCAAAACGUAUUGGGCUUAAAAAUGGGAAUUCUAGGUUUUUAAAUUUUUGGCAAAUUUUGCGAAGAAUGCGAAAAUUUGGCCAAAAAUUCAUUUUACAUAGCCCGUCAAAAAGUAGGGAUGAUGACAACUGAUCACAUUGUCCUUGGAACUAAUUUCAUCGAACAAACGGAGCUGUCAAAUCCAUGUACCCCUGCCCAACCCGAAAUAUAUUCAGUUUGCUUUCAGAGCUCGUCCAGAGCACAACUCGUUUCGUAACGAAAAAUGUAAAAAUUUCCAAAUUAUUGUGUAAUUGAGUUUCAUGCGUUUUGCUAACUCAAAUACUCGCCAUUGCUUUUUGUAAGUGAAACCAAUGGCACGGAUUGCAAAGCAACCGCUUUACACGAAAAAUGAAGAACGAGCAGUAAGAUUCCUUUAACAUUCCUUUAAUUUAAAAAGGACCAACGGUGCAGCUCCUGCUAAAUGAUUAGUUUGUAUCUAAUCUAAAAUACAAAUAUACAAAUCGACUUAACACUACAUGCUUAUAUGUAUACACUUGUACACGAAUCUACAAAUAUAAUAUUGUUAAAUCU